AUGAUGAGUUAUUGUUCUCUUCAUUUACUUAUAUACCUAACUAUUCAAUAUGAAUUCUAAGGCUUGGACCCUCAAAAUUAGGAAUAUUAACAAAUAAUAUUGUUGAAAAAUGAUGAUUUAACAAUUAAUGAUUUUUUAGUCUAUGGUUUGUGGUCAAAAUAUAAUCCACUUAGCAUUAUCAAAUAGAUAGGCCCAGUAGGAAUGUUUGAAAGCGAUUGUUUUUAACUUCACAAUGCUAUAUCUCUUCAAAAUAAAAACUUAAAUCUAAUUUACUAUGAUUGUUUGAAUUAUCAAACAAAAACGAUUUCAAAAGAAAUUUAAUACAUAACUAGGAGAAAUGAGCAAUAUAAGUUGAACACAAAGAUUGAUGUUUUUGAAUAUGAAAAUAUUUGGUAUUUCUUUGGAAUUUUUCAAUAACCAAAACAAAAUAAGUUAGAAAUUCUUAUUUAAUCAAUAUCAAAAAUAAUACUUCACAAGGUUUUACAAAUAUAAUACCCAUUUUCAGAUUUGGAAUUACAAUUAACUUUUGGUGGAAGUUUGAUUGUAGGUUAUUCAAAAAUAGAUAUGAUUAAAGAAGGAACAAAAUUUUCUUAUUUUCCUGGAUCCAUUAUAAUUGGUGAAUAUAGUAUUGAAUAAAGAUAAGGAAAAUUUGAUAUAGAAACUUAUGCAAUGUCUAUUUUAGGCAGUCAAGCUUAUUGUUAAUGUUUAUAGAAUGAAAAUAGUUAAAUUCCUGAUUUUGAUUUGAAAUAACUAAAUGAAAAUAUAUAUUUAUCUGAGAAUUUGAAUUGUGAUUAUUUUUUUUUAUAGGGAUGGAUUAAAAUAACAGAGAUAGUUAGUUCUUAAGAUGAAUUCGUUUAUUAGCUUAUUAAACUUACCUCUAAUUUUGAGAAUUUAGAGUUAUCUAAUUAAAAUCUAUCUCCUUUCUAAUUAUUUUACAAAAUAUCAAAUAAAUAACAUUAAAUCAUAAUAAGUACUUAUAGCUAUACAUUUCCUAGUGUUACUUUAGAUUUUUCAGAUAAUCCUUUUCUUAUAGUUAAAGAAUUUAAUAUUUAAAAUGAACUAUCUUUAUGGCACAAACUGGAAGUUCAAAAUAAAGAAAAUAAGAUUGAUAUUUAAAUUAGCUUUUUUGAAGAUGGAAAUUAAUUUUCUUCUUUUAUUCAUAGUUUUGAUGUGUUUUUAUUUAAACAAAAUUAAUUUAAAUUACAAUAUGGUAAUAUUCUAUAAGAUCCUGUUAAUUAUAUUAAUUUUGAACUUAGAAGUUUUGUAUUUAAAAAUUGUAAUCAAGAUUAAGAAUUUUAAUACUGUCAUUACACCUGUAAAACUUGUAAUGAAUACUCUGAUGAAAGUUGUUUAACUUGUUUUGAUGAUUCUCAACGAUUUUAUUAAUUGAAAAGCAAAUCUUGUGUUUGUCCUUAUGACAGUAUUGAUGUUGUAAGUUGUUAUUCAUUAAAAGAUUCUUCAUUUGAAUUGAUUGAUGAUAAACGUAUAAGAAAUUAAUGCUAACAUGGUUAUUUUGAAUAUGAAUAAGAAUGCUUAAGAUGGUAUUAUAAUAAAUAUAAUAUUUUAGUCCUUCGAUUAUUCGGAAAGAUUUUAUAACUUGUUUAGAAUGUGUUUAGAAACCAAAGAACUGGAUUCAAUAUCCUGUUUGUUAUUAUGAUCUAUACACUAGCUUAGAUGGAAGAGUGUAAGAAACAAAAGAUAAUAUAGAUUUUAAUUAUUUUGUUUAUGAUGGUAUAGAUUUGUCAUAUACUAUUCUUGAGUCAAGUAAUGAAGUAAAAUUUACUAAUUGGUUAAUUGGUUAUUAAAUUAAAAUUUUAGGAUUCAAACAUUUUUGUCAUUUUGAAUCAUCAGAAUGUUAUUAAUGUAAAAUAGUAGGAUGUGAAAGAUGCUAUUUUUCUAUACAAGGUUAAAAAUGCGUUUAAUGUUAUUAAGGAUACUAAUUGGCUGGUGAUAUUUGUAUAUAAGCAAUUUAUUUAAGCACUUCUUUAGUUUGCAUUUCUCCAUAUUAUAUUACAUCUACUAAAAUUUGUAAACUUUGCCCAAUAAAAAAUUGCAAAUAUUGCUUUGAAUAUUUAGAUUCUGAUUUAUAUAAAUGUACACUUUAUAAAGAUUUUGAUAAAUUUGAAGAAGAGAGUAUAAAAGUUGGUUGUGCUUUAUGUGAGAAUAAUUAUUCUUUUGAUUUUACUUUGAAUGUUUGUAAAUAAAUAGAACCUUAGAUAUAAAAUUGUUAAAGAUCUUUUAUAAAUCUAGAAGGAUAAGAAAUUUGCACAUUAUCCUCAAUUAAUGAUUUUAGUAUUUCUCCUCAAGUAUCAAAUUGUGAGAAAUACUAUUCAAACUGUUUAUAAUGUAUUUUACUUCCAGAUUAAAAGAUAUUAUGUCUCAUUUGUGAACCUGGUUAUACAAAUUCAUAAUCUUGGGGAGGAUGUUAUUAAAAUCCAGAGCCUAACGCUAAUAUAGUAAUAGAAGGUGAAUUUGAAUUACAAAAUUCUUGGAUUUGGUUAGUCUAAAGUUUUAUUCUGUAGUUUUUACCAAAUCAAUAUUACUAUUUAUGAUACUCAUAUAACUAUUGAUCCUUACUUAUAAAAACCAAAAUAUUGCUUUACUUAAAAUUGUUUUACUCAUUUUAAAUUAACAUUAACUUAAAGUGAUUAUUACUAAUGUUUUUUUGCCUAUUUUCUUAAUGAAAUCGAUAUAAAUGAAUUGUAAAUUGCCUAUUGUAAUAUGAUUGGAGUAGAUUAGAUAACUAUAGACUUAUUUUUAAAUAAUUUUUCUGAAGAAUUUUAAUGUGUGUUUAAUUUCUAUCCUCUUUUAGAAACAAAUUUAAAAAAUAGAAUUGCAAGUCUUUAAUUUGUUAGAUUAAAUUUAGCUUCUAAUUCACUUAAAAGCCUAUUUGAUCUAAGAAGCUUUCCUUUUGAAUUUCAGAAUUAUGACCAAAUUUAAAUUUCAUAAAUUAGAUUUACUAAUAUUUAGAAUUUUAUUUUGGUGAAUAAAAAAAAAAAAAUAGAUUUAGAUUUAAUUAAUAUGAGAAUUGAAGAUAGCAGUUUUUCAGGAAGUUCUAUUUUUUAAACAGAAUUUUUUGGUUAAAUAACUUUUAUAAAUGUUACACUAUUAAAUUUAAAUCUUUAAAAUAAUUCAUUAAUCAAUUUAGAAUUAUCCAAAUUUAAUGGUGUUAUUGAAAUUGAUUCUCUAACAAUAUAAAAUUGUGUUCUAAACAACACUAACCUUUUCAUUUUAGCUAAUAACAAAAUUACUAUGUUUGCAAAAAGAAUUAUUAUUGAUGGAUGUCAAGUUUACAAUUCCUCUUUUUUUAUGUUUUAUUAAAACAACGAUCAUUUUAAAAAUAUGAUACAUUUUGAAAACAUAAUUAUACAGAAAACUUUUUUUUAAACAUCAUAUUUUAUUAAUUGUUUUAAUAGUUUUAAGUUAAUUAUUCAUGAAUUUUACUUCCAUGAAAAUGAUGUAAGAAUGUCAAAAAUAAUCUCUUUUGACUAUUAAUUAGAAUUAUACUAAAGUUAAACUAAUUUUAACAAAUUUAUUUAAUCCUAAUUUACUACAACAACUAGUAUAUUAAGAUAAGAAAAUGUAAUUUGUAUCCUUGACAAUUAUUAAUGUAAAUAAAAUUAUCUAUAAGAAUCACUUCUAUUCUAGAUAUUUUCAAUCUAUACUAAUAAUUAUGUAGUCUUUAACAUUACUAAUAUAGAAAUAACAGAUAUUAAUGGACCUGAAAAAAUAGGUACAAAUUAACUUAAAUUAUUUAAAAUUCAUGGUAAUUAACUAUUUAUUAAGAAUGCAAAGAUGGAGAAACUAAUGAAUAGUAUUGCUUUUUUCAUUUAAGAAAAUUAAGAAAUACUUAUAGAAAAUGUUGUAUUUGAAAACAGAUAGGAUAUGCUUAAGAUACCUUUAUCUAUGAAAUGUAUGGAUAAAUUUGAAAAAAAGAGCACUUAAUUUCUAUAGAUAGUUGGCUUUUCAAAUUUAGUAAUUAAAAAUGUAGAAAUUAAAAGAUAAUUAAGCUUUGAAUAUUCUUUGAUUGAAGUAAGUUUUGGAAGAUAAUAUUUUAAUUAUUCUUUUGGCAGAAUAUUACUAUAAAAUCUCUCAUUUGAAGGUAAUAUAAUGCUUAAAAUAAAAUAAGUUGAUUUAUAUUCCUUAUUAUCUAUUUAUUCUUCUGAUGAAAUUAAGAUUUUAAUCAAUAAUAUAACAUUUAAACAAAAUAUACUUCACCAAUCAGUAAAUGAUCCUUUACAAACUUCCUCUGGAUUAAUGUCAAUUUAAACAUUAUUAAGUUCCUUAGAAAUUAAUAAUCUAUUUUGUUAUUAGAAUGCUUUAACAAAUUCAUCAAAUUCAUUUAUUUAAUUAACUUCUACCGAAAUCAAUAUAACUAAUUAUACAUUGAUAAGCCAUAAUAUGUUUUCUAAAGAUGUAUGGGCAAGAUUUUUUGAUUUUUAAGUUGAUUUAGAUGAAGAUUAAGAAAAUAUUAAUUUAAUCAUAUAAAAUUCUAUUACAAUCUUAAAUAAAGGAGGAGGAGGAUAAAUAGUGGCUGGUAAAUUUUCAUGUAUAAAUUGUUAUUUUGAAAAGAUUCUGGCUUAUCAAAGUGCUAUUUUUGAUAUUUAAACAUAUUUUGAAGGAUUAAUUAUAUUAAGAAAUUUAACAGCAAAAUAAAUUUAAACUAAUUUAAAAUAAACUGGAAGUGGAUGCAUUACAAUUUAUUCUUAAUAUAGUAUUUUAAAUUUAAGUAUAAUUGGGUCAUUUUUUUCUGAUAUUUUUAAUAGAUUUUCCUCUUCUAUACUCACUAUUUAACCAUCACUUCAAUAAAAUACUAUAAUUCUAAAUAAAAUUGAUAUUUAAAAUUGCAUUUCUUUAAUGAAUCAAUUUUUUAGUUUUUAAUUUAGUUCCUUGACUUACAAAGCCAAUUAUGUGGAAAUCAUAGAUUUAAAAGCCAGAAUUACUGAAGAUGUUUACAUUAAAUACUUAACGUAAAUUGGAAUUAUUACUACAACAGAAAUGUAAUUAAUUAUGAGUAAUAGCAAUGCAGUUAUUUAUGUUGAUGAAAGUAAAAUUACAAUAAAAAAAAUAUUUUUUGAAGGAAUUUAUUUAUCGCCUAUUUUUGUAUUCAAUAAUCCUCUAAUAUUAAAAAUGAGCAAUUGCUAGAUUUAUUAAAUUUAAAUGUUUAAUCCAUCUAAUUUGAUUUAAAUAUUUUAAAAAAAAGAAAUAGAAUCAUAAAUUUAAUUUGAUUCAGUAGGUAUAAUAAAAAGUUCAGCAUUCUUAUUAAAAUCUGGCUUAACCCUUAAAUUCUCAGAAGUUGAUUAUAGCAUUACAGGAUGUAAAUUAUAUAAAAAUUCUACUUAGAAAUAUUAUUAAAUAUCAAUAAGCGAUAUUCUAAAAGAAUUUAAGAAUUAUGCUCAAAAAUCUAAUUCUUUAAUUUAUAUUUCAAUGAAAUCAAAUAAUCAUUCCGUAGCUUUUUCAAACAUCAAUAUCUAAAAAAAUAAUUGCACAUAUUGUUCGAGUGGUAUCGUUUUUUUUGAGAUAGACAAUUUAUAAUCAUUAAGGAUUCGCAAUUUUUUUUGUAUUUAAAAUCAGAUAGCAGAAUAUGGUUGUAUCCAUAUCCUUUCAAACAAUUAGAUUUAUCCAAAAAUUUCAAUAAAAACCUCAAAUUUUAUUAAUAAUAAAGGAGGAUAAGGGGUAGCCUUAAUGGCAGAUUAUUCAUUAUUAUAAUUAGAUUUUUGUAAAAUUCUUUACAAUUAAGCAAAUUUCUUUGGUGGUGGAAUUUAUUUAUCAGCUAUUAAUAAUGAUUUUAAAAUAAAAAAAUCAAUAAUUUUAUUCAAUAAUGCAAGAGAAGGAGGCGGAGUUUUUUUAAAUGGAGAUAAUCGUCUAAAUGCAAAAAACUUCAUUUAAUCGUAUAUACUCUAAAAUAAAGCUACUCUCUAUGGAAAUGAUGUUGUAGAAGCUCCUGAUCACAUUGCACUUUUUAUUAAUGGAAAAGAAAUGAUUUCAUAGCCAUAUAUUCUAAAUAAUACACAAACUAAUAUUUUAAAUAUUAAGCCAUAUAAAAUUAUUGAGUAAGGUAAUUUAUUAAUAACAAAUGUUUUAAUGUUACCAAGUAAUUAAUAAAUUUAUAGCUAUUUAAUUUAUUAACCGAAAUAUUUAGGGUAUUUGAAUUAUAUUUCUGAUUUUACUUUAUAUUUUAAAAAUAGCAGAAAUGAAUGGCUUUAAAAUAUAUUUAAUUCUACAUGCAUUGUUAGCUAAUUGAGAAUGUAUGGAUAGGAAUUUACCAAUCUUGAUUAACCAUAAGAAAAAGCAAACAUUAAAUUCGAUAUUCAAAAUAACAAUUUUAAUUUAGGUUAGAUUUCAUUUACUUUAAAUCCAUAUUAACAAUAAAGUGGAAAAUCUUUAAUUUAUUUGAGUUGUAAAUUAGCAAAUUCAAAUAAGAAUUUUGAUUAUGUAAUAUAAACAAAAGGUUUAAAAUGUUAAUUGGGUGAGUUUUUUAUAGAAGAUGGCUGUUAAAUUUGCUAAUCUCUUUAAGGUUUUUAUUCUGUUACAUACAAUGCUAUUAAAUGUUCAGUUUUCGAUAAAACUAAAUUUUAAAGUAUAAGUUCAAAUCAAUUAUAACUCUUAAAAGGUUACUGGAGACCAAAUUUUUUAUCUGAUUCAACUGAUUAUUGUUUUAAGAAUCCUAAUUUUUGUAUUGGAGGUUGGAAAGUUGGCAAUGAUUUAUGUAGUUUAGGACAUAUUGGAGGAUUGUGUGAAGAAUGUGAUGUAUAUAAUAUUAGAGGAGAUGGAGAAUUCUUUAAAACUUAAAGUGACAAUAUGUGUUUAAGUUGUUUUGGUGAUUAAGAUAGCAUAUUACCAUUUAUUAUGACAUCUUUUUGGUAAUAUUAAAUUUUAUUUUUUUUUUAGGGCUUUAAUAUCCACUAUUUUAACUUUGAAAAGUAUCAAAGAAACAAAUUUAUUGUUUACAAAAUUCAAACUUAGUUAAAAACAUUUUUCAAUUAUUUUCAAAUUAAAUUAAGGUAUCAAAAAUAUUUUAAUUAGAUCUUGAGAGCAUAUUUUUUAAAAUGUUACUAAAUUAUGUAUGGAUAUACUCUGUAAUCUUUACUUUUAACAUCACUUUCUCUUUUUCAUUUAUUUUUGUUAAUGAAGCUAGCAAUACAACUUAUUUUAUGGCUAAUAAUUUAGAUUGUUAUUUAUCUAUUUUUAAUUAAGAAAGCUUAAUUUACUCAAGAAUUAUUACUAUGCUAUUUUUAAUCUUUUUAUAAUUCCUUAUUAUAUUAAUCUUGUCUCUCAUAUAUUUUUAUCUUACUAAAUAAAGAAUAUUUCCUUAUGAAACUAUUUCAAAUACAUUAAUAUAUUUAUAUGUAUCUAACUUUGGAGGUUUAAUUAAAAUGUAAUUUAUAUUUCUUUUAUUAUUAGGUUUUGCUCAGUCUUGUCAAAACGAGAAAUCUCAGCAUUGAGUUUUAUUUAAGGAGAUGUCUCCUUAGAAUUUGGAUCCUAAAUACACCUUUAGUGGAUAUAUGUAUUAAUUAUUCCAGGUUUGGUAUUAUUUUGUAUAGCAAUACCUUUUUUUUUAUUCAUUUUAAUGUAUAAAUUAAAAAGUCAAUUUGAUACUAUUAAACUUAGAAAACAUAUCUGUUAUUUAUUUAAUGAAUAUGAUAAUAGCAAUUACUUUUGGGAGUAAAUUAAAUUAACAAAAAAAACUAUUAUAAUUCUUGUCUUAACUUAUUUUGAAACUCAAAUUUUUUUGAAAACUUCCUUAUUAGGAUUAUGUUUACUCCUUUAUUAAUUAUUAACUGUCAAACAUAAACCAUACAUCUUAAAAAGUUUAAAUCAUUUAGACCUAGAAUCUGGUUAAAUUUGUUCAAUAACUAUUUUUCUUGCCUCAACAAAAUAUGUUUGCGAACAAGAAAAUAAUUUAUUUUUUUCUAUGAUGCUACAAAUUAUUAUUAUCAUUCUUUGUAUCAAAUUAUGUUAUCCUUUUUUGUAAGGAAUCCUUAUUGUGUAUUAGAAAAAAUACUAAAUUUAAGUACUCAAUUUGUUAGAUAAAUUUUUCUCAAAGAUUAAGAAAAAUUCUAGUUUAUCUAAUAUUUUCUAAUAACUAUUGAAAAAAUUAGAAUUUAAAGAAACAAGAAGGAAAAAUAAUUUAAUUAAAUUAAAAUUAUUAUUAACGAAUUAAGUCAAUAUAAGAAAGUAUAUAAAUAUUAUAAAUUUAGAUAAAUCUCAUUAACAACUAAAAUAAGUAUAGAAUCUAAAAUAAAUUAAGAUUUACAAUCAUAGUCAAAAAUGGGUUUAACUAAAUUUACAAAUUGA